AUGGACCCUAACACCAAACGUCAUAUCACACAAAUGGCUUUGUUAUUUUCCUAUAUACCUACGACACACACGCCUGCUUGGUUGAUUCGGUUGAUGAUUAACAAGUUUUCAACACUUGCACUAUUUACUCCCGUUUCGAGCGGGGGGUGGAGCCUGGACCUGCUGCCAUAUGAUUUGCUUCUCAAUAUCGUCGAAUAUCUGUCUGUAAAGGACCUCAUUAACUUGCGGAGAGACAAGACUUGCCGUUCUCUUCUCCAAUUCAGCAAACUUCGUUCUGUCUGGAGCCAGGAAGAUUAUGGUCAAUUCUCCGUAUUCAAACUCGAUUUCCCGCCUCUCCACCCCGAUGUUUCGAUUUCUCAAGUUCUUGAUAUGCGUAUCGAUAUCCCUAUUACCGGGCUAUUUUUAGAGCGGGGCUUGGCUGGGGUGGUAGGUCCAUUCCAUGGAGGGACAGCUGCAUUACAGAUUUAUGAUUGGAAAACUCGCCAAGGGAUAUUGUUAGAUACCGGAAUCAAGCUAGAGAUGGACUGUGAUUUAGAUGUUAUCGCCUUUCCUGAGGAAAUCAUUUUGUAUGCGGAAGACUCUGAUAACUCGGUGCUACACACAUAUGCUAUAGAAAACAUCCGCCGCAUGUUAUCCCUUGUUGCACAUCAUAACCCCCAGACCGUUGCUCGAGUCGGUGGCGGUUUUCCCGUGCAGUCGGAUAGUAGCGAUUCAUCCGAAGACGAAUCCUCUUCUGAUAAUGGGAGCAAUUCUCCGUCAACUAUGAAGAUAUCCUUGCCGCCCAAAAGAUCGUGUCAACGUAGGAUUAACGAUAGAGGCGUAGGUGUGUUCGGAGCUGGGUAUACAAUGCUCAAGAAAAGCCAUAUUAGCUCGCGCGACAGGAUCCCGUAUAAUGGUAAGAUGUCCAUUCUUACAAUGUCCUUGAGACAGUUAGAAGAGGAUAACGGACAAGUACGCUGUUUGACGCAUCAUUUCUUGACCCCCCUUGCUUCCCCUUCCUCGACACCUUCAACGGACACGAGUGGGUCGUCGUCCACAUAUCUUUCUGCUAAUAGCUCCCUCUCGUCGCCGCAACAACCUCUCGACGACAGCCCCUUGGAGCAUACAUUUGCACAUACGCUCGAGCAAAACGCGAUUGCCAAGGGCCCUACUGGAUACGACCUUGUUUCUUUCGGCGAAGGUGGAACUGGCGCAAUCUGGUUGGCUCACAGCCAGACAUCAAGUACGGACUCGAGUGAUGAUGAUGACGAAUCUGGCGAGAUGGACCUGGAAUUCUGGGUGGCGACUUUUGCUUCUGCUAAGCCAAACAUGGUCUCCCAAGGAUAUGUCCGAAAACUACGGCUUCCUCGAACCAUCAAUCCCAGCCACACUGCAGCACUUGAUAUCGACGAUACUCAAGGGGUGAUAUGCAUUGCCACUAAAAAUGUGUACCUUUAA